GUCUAUACUAAGCGUCCAGCCAUCCACAAAGAUCAGAUAAGCAGCAAAGCCUGCAGAAAUAUUACAAGCGAGCAUGUCAGAAGAGUCAGUCCUGGUGGUGGUGAGCAUCAACUUAUAUCACUGUACUGCAGAACCCUAAAAAGAAGACUUUGUUACUGAAACAUCUGAACGUAUACCAUGGCUUCUAGCACAUCCCUACAGGCACACAAAUAUAAGUAUGGAUUUCAAAGGUCCAAAGGAAAUAAGUUUAAAUGGUAUCUGAUCCUGGCUAUCAGUAUUGUGUUUGUUGUAUUGGCGGUCACUGUCAUAGGUCUGACGAUUUACCUCACGAGCGAAAACAACAAAACAGGUGACAAAGAUGCGCAAUAUGAUUCUGGAGAUGAGGACACAGUUUCAACAGCACAAACGGUAUCUACAACUUCCGCAACAACUAGCCGGAGUAGCGUCAGCCAAACAACGCAAACGAUCACAAAGUCUUCAACAGAAAGUCCAACUACUAUAAAAAUGACUUCAUCAACUCAAAAGACAACUCCCGAUAUGUUGACUACUCAUCAGUCAACAACUUUGAUAUCUUCUCAACAGACAACCACUGAACCGACUACCCAACAACCAACCUCAACCACACAACCGUCAACAACUGUAAACACACCUCUUUCUACCGAACAACAAACAGAUAGAAAAAGUACUUUUUCAACUCAACAAAGUACCACAGAAGUGAUUUCGUCGACUCAGAAAGCUACAAUUUCAACAGAACAAAGAACAACAGAUAAAAUGACGUCAUCAAGUUCACAAACAACCGACGAAUCAUCAACAGUCCAAUACUCUACGUCGAAUGGUCCGGUAGUGUCAACCAGUGUGUCACCGUCAUCAACAGUACAAGUCCCAUCAACGGUGGAUACAACAAGCACAUCAAUUGAAUUAUCUGGAUAUAAUAUCAGUAGCUCAUCCCCAUUUUUACUAACUUGCGAGGUAAAAAAUAUUCCUGGAUGGAUUGAUCUUUUGAUUUAUCGUCACUAUGGCAACAACCAAUCAGGUCUGUUGGCUCAGAUGACAGCAGGACCAAUAGUUCCAACGGUUAUUGUAGUCGAUGAUUCGCUAACUUUUUCAGCCAACCAUCACAGCGAUGCCAUAACCAUGGUAUUGAUGGCUCAAAGUUUCGAAUGCAACCAUGCAGGGACGUACAGUUGUUCGGUAUCGUCUGCAACUGUUGUCGUGUCAGAUGAAACAGAAAUUAAAGUCGUUUCAGGACCACCGGAGAUCUAUUUUCCUAUUGGGGUUGUUGAAGAUAGAACAAUGUCGUUGGACUGUAUAGUAGAAUUUGAGGGUACUUCCGGAGAUAUCAAAUGGACAUUUAGUCCGCCUGGAUUAGGCAAUAUGUUUUACGACUUGAGUAUAGAUCCAGACACAAAAAAUAGUUCUAUGAGUUGUACGACUAAACUGGAGAGCAAAUUAACUUUUACCCCAGGGAUGUACGACAAUGGCUCAAGCUUUCGAUGUGAAGUUGUGAAUGCGGAGGGUUACAAUGGUGCAACAGUUUUACAAAAGACGGUUCCAUUUUAUGUGUUACAUAAUUCAAUCUGCACAAAUCGUAUUUUCGAGAUUUUUAAUCAUCCUUAUCAACCAUGUGGGAAAAUAAUAUAUUGUUCGGAAAAUGGAAUACUUGUUUUUGAAAUUCCGUGUCCAACACCUGGUUACUGCUAUGAUGCAUUGCUUACUGACUGUGUUCUGGAAAAAGACCUCAGUAUUUAUAAUGAAACCAAUACAACGAUUGGACCAAGCUCAACUGGUGCGCCACCUAUCUCUUAACACUGGAGAGAUGACAUUCCAAGAUAAUGGAGAGUAUGAUAUCAUCAUACCGGGAUAACAGUCUGGACCUACCAAUUUUAUGGAAAAAAAACGAAUUCAAUUUUGUAUGUUGAUAUAGCUAUUUUGUUUUG